AUGCACGCUUCGCCCGCACUCACCAACGAACCCAGCAACCUGACCAAGAUGCUCGCCUUCUUCCGCAAGUCCAAGUCUUCCUCCGUCAUGGCCAACGCCAACACGUCCGACACCACUUUGGUCUCGACCACCCAGGUCUCUUCGGGUAAGCCCAAGCGCAAGACUCCUCGCGAGACGGUCCCCUACCAGGCCGAGUUCUCCGGCAUGGGUAUGAUGGGUGGAAUGCCUGCCAUGGGAGGACACAUGUUCCUCGAGCCCCCCUCGCCUACCGAAUCCGCCGCUAGCAAGAAGAGCGUCAAGAUGGUACCUGGACAGCCGUUCAAGUCUUCCCCCAAAGCUUCGUUCGUCUCUGCACGGGCAGAAACUGCAAAGGGUCGGGAUUCGUUCGACACCAUGACGACCACCGUGUCGACCACCGCUGGUGGCAGCACUUCGCCUCAACGCAAGCUGCUCAAACAGCACAAGGCCUUCUUCAACAACUCUUUCAGCAACACUUGA